CGUUCUCUACCCAAUGGCGCCCCUUACGGAAACGGGACAAUGUCUCUUAACGACGCUUCUACGCCAUAGUGAUUGUUGGCACCACGUGACCGCAAAGGGAAUUCCGCGCAUGCGUGGUACCACUGGCCGGAAGGGGCGGUAUUGGAAGGCGGACCGUGAAAGGAAGUGGUUCUCAAAGGCUUUUUCGCUGCUACCGAGUAGAGUACGCAUUUCCAUAUUUUAACGUCAAGAGGUCUCUGAGACGAUUUUGGUGGAUGAAACAGCACCAUUUUUGCAGUGAAUGUCUUGUGCACAAAUACCACUUCUGUGACAUGUAAAUAACAGUUGUUUGGUGUCUUUGAUGUCUCUUGGAGAGGCCUGGGCCAGAUCUUCCUUUGGAGUCCAGCUGCCUCUUCCCAGCAGUUUUGCUUGACUUUAUAGAUGAGCACUAAGCUCUCAGCCCCUGAGAGAACAAGGAAUGAGACCCAGUGUGGCCAUGCCAGCUAAUUGCACCUCAUCCAAGCAGCCCCCAGCCCUGGCUUCAGAGGGAUCAGUGUCCUUCAGGGAUGUGGCUAUUGAUUUCAGCAGUGAGGAAUGGCAGCACCUGGAACCUGCUCAGAGAAGUCUCUACUGGGAUGUGAUGCAGGAGACCUUCAGCCACCUGCUCUCAGUAGGCUAUCAAGUUCCAGAGCCAGAGAUUUUCAUGUUGGAGCAAGGAAAGGGGCCAUGGGCAUUGUGGAAUGAGAGCCGAUAUCAGAGUUGUUCAGGUUUCUUGGUGUCUCUAGGAAGCCCCAGGUCAGGUCUUCUCCAACUCCAGGCGAUCUCUUCCCAACAGUUUUGCUUGAGUUUAUAGAUGAGCCCUAAGCUUUAAGCUCCUGAGAACAAGGAUUGAGACCCAGUGUGGCCAUGCCAGCUAACUGGACCUCUACCCAGCAGUCCUCAGUCCUAGCUCCAGAAGAUCAUGGCAGCUCAUGUGAGUGAGGAAUGGCAGCACCUGGAACCUGCUCAGAGAAGUCUCUACUGGGAUGUGAUGCAGGAGACCUUCAGCCACCUGCUCUCAGUAGGGUUUCAAGUUCCUGAGCCAGAAGUUUUCAUGUUGGAGCAAGGAGAAGAGCCAUGGGAAUUGCAGAGUAAGAACCCAAGUCAGUUCUGUCCAGGACCUCAUCAAUGCAACUCAUUUGGAAAUAAUUUGAAGCAUAAUUUAGACUUACACAGUUAUAAUAGAAAUAAUGCAUCAAAGAAUGUUAAAGAGAUUGCCAGAUAUGGUAAAAUUUCUUCCUAUACUGACCAUGAGUAUACUCCAACAGGAGAGAAAUUAUGGGACCAUAAGCAACAUGGAACACUCCUCAGUUAUAAACGAGCAUCCUCUCAAUAUCAGAAAAUUCGUACAGGGGAGAAAUCAUAUGAAUGUGACGAAUUUGGAAAGAGCUUUGCUGAGAAAUCAUUGUUCAAAGUACAUCUGAAAGUUCAUACAGGAAAAAAGCUCUAUGUAUGUAUUGAAUGUGGGAAAGCUUUUGUACAGAAGCCAGAAUUCAUGACACAUCAACAAAACCAUACUAGAGAAAAGCCUUAUAAAUGCAAUGAAUGCGGAAAAUCCUUUUUCCAAGUAUCUUCUCUCUUUAGGCAUCAGAGAAUUCAUACUGGAGAAAAACUGUAUGAAUGCAGUGAAUGUGGGAAAGGCUUCUCUUAUAAUUCAGAUCUCAUUAUACAUCAGAAAAUUCAUACAGGAGAGAGACACCAUGAAUGCAGUGACUGUGGCAAAGCUUUCACGCAAAAGUCCACACUCAAGAUGCAUCAGAAAAUUCAUACAGGUGAGAGAUCCUAUAUAUGUAUUGAAUGUGGACAAGCCUUCAUCCAGAAGACACACUUGAUUGCACACCGAAGAAUUCAUACUGGAGAAAAACCAUAUGGAUGCAAUAACUGUGGAAAAUCUUUCAUCUCUAAGUCACAACUGCAGGUACAUCAACGAAUUCACACAAGAGUCAAGUCUUAUUUAUGCACUGAAUAUGGGAAAGUCUUCAAUAAUAGUUCCAACCUUAUUUCACCGAAGAAAGUGCAGAUUAGAGAGAAAUCUUCUAUAUGUACUGAAUGUGGGAAGGCCUUUACCUACAAGUCAGAACUAAUUAUACAUCAGAGAAUUCACACUGGAGAGAAACCUUAUGAAUGCAGUGACUGUGGAAAAGCUUUUACUCAGAAGUCAGCACUCACAGUGCAUAAGAGAAUUCAUACAGGAGAAAAAUCCUAUGUUUGCAUGCAGUGUGGGCUGGCCUUCAUCCGGAAGACACACUUGAUUGCACAUCAAAUAAUUCAUACUGGAGAGAAACCUUAUAAAUGUGGUCACUGUGGGAAAUUCUUUACUUCCAAAUCACAACUCCAUGUGCAUAAACGAAUUCACACAGGAGAGAAACCCUACGUGUGCAAUAAAUGUGGGAAGGCAUUCACCAACAGGUCAAACCUGGUUACACAUCAGAAAACUCAUACAGGAGAGAAAUCCUACAUGUGUUCUAAGUGUGGAAAGGCCUUCACUCAGAGAUCAGACUUGAUUACUCACCAGCGAAUCCACACUGGAGAGAAACCUUAUGAAUGUAGUACCUGCGGAAAAACCUUCACCCAGAAGUCACACCUUAAUAUACACCAGAAAAUUCAUACUGGAGAGAGACAGUAUGCAUGUCAUGAAUGUGGGAAAGCCUUCAAUCAAAAAUCAAUACUCAUCGUGCAUCAGAAGAUUCAUACAGGAGAGAAACCCUAUGUAUGCAGUGAGUGUGGAAGAGCCUUCAUUCGAAAGUCAAACUUUGUUACUCAUCAAAGAAUUCACACUGGAGAGAAGCCUUAUGAAUGCAGUGAUUGUGGGAAAUCAUUUACUUCCAAGUCUCAGCUGCUGGUGCAUCAGCCAAUUCACACAGGAGAGAAGCCCUAUGUGUGUGCUGAAUGUGGGAAAGCCUUUAGUGGAAGGUCAAAUCUCAGUAAACAUCAGAAAACUCAUACUGGAGAAAAGCCCUACAUCUGUUCUGAAUGUGGGAAGACCUUCAGACAAAAGUCAGAGUUGAUUACGCAUCACAGAAUUCAUACUGGAGAGAAACCUUAUGAAUGCACUGACUGUGGGAAAUCUUUCACUAAGAAAUCACAGCUUCAAGUGCAUCAGCGAAUUCACACAGGAGAGAAGCCUUAUGUGUGUGCUGAGUGUGGGAAGGCAUUCACUGACAGGUCAAACUUGAAUAAACAUCAAACAACACACACAGGUGACAAACCCUACAAGUGUGCAGUCUGUGGAAAAGGCUUUGUGCAGAAAUCAGUGCUCAGUGUGCAUCAGAGUAUUCACACUUGAGAUAGAGUGAAAAAAAAAAACUCAGUGAAGACACUGAUUGUACAGUGUUGAAUCCAUCCAAUAGAAUACUAUGUGAUUAUUAAGUAGAAAUAUCCACACCAUCAGUGUCACACUUGAAAUGAAGACUUUGAAGAAGGCACUGAAGUAAAUGGGACUUCCAACUCAUUGCUGUCAGCCUCAUUAAACCUGGGGCAUUCAUGUUGAGAAGGAACUGAGUCAAUUUGAUGUCUUAGAAUACAUCAUGGAAUAAUGUUUAAAAUAUCAUGGAUUACUGUUAGCAAAUUAUUUUAGGGAAGAUCAUGUUAAAUCCUGUUAAUGAUAAUGUGUUUGCUGUGGAAUAGGUGCAGUUCAACAAAUUGGUAAAACAACUAAUACUCGUCAAUACCAUAAUGAUAAUUUUAAA